AUGGGAGAGUUCACUUCAUUUGUAAAUACUGUAAAUGGAACUUCCGUUACUGGAAAGGUAACGCAGGGAACAGAUCCAUCAACAAGGCAAAAGCUUUGGGAUGUCCCAGUUGCAUCGUCCGACGACAUCGAGAACGCAGUUUGUGCAGCCAAAACUGCCUUCGCACAGUGGUCAAAGACAUCGUGGUCAGAGCGACAGAAUGCCCUCCUUGAUGCUCGAGAUGUCCUGAUCUAUCAUAAGCCUGCAUUGGCACAGUUGAUAACAAAGGAAGGAGGAAAGCCUAUUCAGUUUGCCACCAUGGAAGUUGAGCAUUCGAUCAACUUCUUACAAUUUAAUGCGAAUCAGGAGCCACUUCAAGAGCAAGUGAUUCAAGAUGACGACGAACUACGAUUAACAAUCCGAGAGAAACCACUGGGCGUCAUCGCAGCUAUCUGUCCCUGGAAUUAUCCCCUCGUCCUCUCUAUCGCCAAGGUCGCCGCAGCCCUUGUGACUGGAAACACAAUCAUUGUAAAGCCUUCGCCUUUCACGCCCUACUCCAUCUUAAAGGUCGUCGAACUACUCCAAGGAGUUUUCCCAGCCGGUGUUCUCCAAGCCCUCAACGGCGACGACAAGCUGGGGCCUACAUUAUGUCAACAUCCUGGCGUCGACAAGAUCACAUUUACCGGCUCAACUGCGACAGGAAAGAAGAUCGCUCAGGUGGCUGGAAAUCUUCUAAAGCCUGUCACAUUAGAGCUUGGAGGCAACAGCGCUAGUAUUGUCUGCCCAGAUGUCGAUCCGAAAAUCGUGGCACCUCAAGUGGCGAUUGGAUCUUUCAUGAACUCAGGCCAGCUUUGUGUUGCUAGCAAACGUGUUUUUGUCCACGAGGACAUCUACGACGAGUUCUUGGAGACAAUGGUCAACACAGUCAAGGAUUGGAAGGUAGCACCUACAUCAACCCUUGAGCCCGGUAUCAUGUUAGGCCCAAUCCAGAACGAAAUGCAGUACAACAUUGUGAAGGGCUUCUUCCAAGAUUCAAUAGAGAACGGGCACUGUUUCGCCCUGGGCGAGAAGCCAGAUGACACUGGAGACAGCUUCGUCAUCAAGCCUGCCAUUAUCGACAAUCCUCCCGAUGACGCCCUCGUCGUUACACAUGAAGCUUUUGGCCCUAUUGUUCCAUUGAUGAAGUGGAAGACCGAGGACGAAGUUAUUAAGCGAGCCAAUAACACACUAUCUGGUCUCGGAGGAGCCGUCUGGUCAAAGGACGUUGACCAUGCACAGCAGUUAGCAGACCGCAUCGAGGCCGGUACUAUUUGGAUCAACAGCUUUGAGAAGCCUUUGCCUCAAGCGCAUCUUGCUGGUCACAAAGAGAGUGGCGUUGGAGGAGAAUGGGGUCGACGGGGCCUGAGCGUGUAUUGUCAGCCUCAGGUGAUUCAUUGUUAUAAGUCCAAAGUAUAA